AUGAGUUUUCAAUCAACUGUAUCUUCUGGUCGUGACAGCAGUAUUAACAGCGGCACUAGUUCCACCACACAACAUCAGCUUAUUCGAAUCGGUACAUUCACUUCUGCUAAUGUCGCAAUGGUAUCGAAUGAAAUGAAUCGUUUAACGUCAAAACAACGCGAAGUUAUCAAAAACACUUUCAAGUUAAUGCAAGCCAAUUCAGUAUAUUAUGGUACCAGCGUAUUUGUGAGGCUGUUAUCAGAACAUCCGGAAUAUAAGACUAUUUGGCCCCAAUUCCGAUCAAUUCCUGACAGUUCCAUUGUGUCAUCGGAUGCGUUACGAAGACAUGCGUGUGCUUAUAUGAAUGGACUCAAAGUUAUCAUUGACAGUAUGGACGAUGAUGAGAAAUUGGCCGAGGAAACGUAUAAAAUUGCGAAAUCGCAUUUGAAAUGGGGUGUACGCAGCUUUCAUUUGGAGACGAUGCUACCGGCUGUGAUCGCAGUACUACGUGUUUGUAUGCAUCGAGAUGAUCAGUUGGCCGAAGAUGCAUGGAGUAAAUUAUUUGAUAUACUCGCAAAACUUAUUGAAAUGUUUCGAGCAGAAUGCCAUGCUCUCAUCAAACGUUCACUUUAA